UGCAAGGCUGCUCCAGAGCUGGGUCGGCCCCUUGCCCUGACGUCAGGAUGUCAGUGCGAUCAGUGGUGGCCGAUGGCGCGAACAGCCCAUUGUAGUGGUCCGUGGUUGCAACUUGCAGCUUGCAGCUUAGUGCUAUUGCUUCGCUGAGGUGCGCAGAGCCAACCCAUUUAUCCUUGUGGCGUUGAUCUGAGCUAGGAAGAUCACGCCUCGACGUAAAAGAGAGCAGUAUUAGCGAUACAUCUUUCUCAGAUCCGAGCGCCUUUGAAGAUCGUAAAUGCGCCACUUCCUUUGGACUGCUGUUCGAUCCAUCCCCACUUCGAAGGCCAUCGCGCAUCGCAGCUUCAGCCAAUCAUUCGCACGCAAAAUGAAAAUCGUUCCAGUCCCCGUGCGUGAUGACAACUACGCAUACCUCGUCAUCGACGACAUGGCAUCGGGGCCGCUGAGUGCUGCUUUUGUGGACCCGUUCGACGUGAAGAAGUUGCAGGCGGAGGCAGAGAAGCAAGGCAUCAAAGAGAUAAUCGCCUGCAUAACCACUCACCAUCAUGCUGAUCACUCUGGCGGAAACAACGACUUCGCGAAAGCAUACCCUGGCAAACCAAUCUGGGGUGGCUCACACCAAAUCCCCAAGCUGACGAAACAAGUUGGCCAUCUAGACUCUUUCCCGCUUAGGGAAGGGUCCAGUAUUCAGGUCACAGGCCAUGCUACACCGUGUCAUACCCAAGACUCAGUCUGCUUCUUCCUCGAGGACAAGGCUGACGGUAACAAGAAGGGCGUCUUUACAGGAGACACGCUUUUCAUAAGUGGUUGCGGACGGUUUUUUGAAGGAACAGCAGAGGAGAUGCACAAGGCGCUCAACAAGACAUUGGCAGCCUUACCAGACGACACAGUCAUCUAUUGCGGACACGAAUACACGAAAUCGAACGUCGCAUUCUCUGCAGCCGUCUUGCCACACCGACCCGCCGUCAAGUCGCUUGUCCAGGAUUUGCAGAAGAGUCGCAACUCGAAUGUCACAACGGGCGUGUACACAAUCGGCGACGAGAAGAAGCACAACGUCUUCAUGCUGGUCGACGACGAAGAGGUUCGCAGCAAGGUUGGCGGAAAGGAUUCGAUAGACACGAUGGCCAAGCUGAGGGAGGCGAAGAACAAUGGUUCUCUGAAAGCCAGCAUCUGAAAUCAAGAAUGUAUGCACUCACUGGGCAGUUGCUGACUAGAGCCUGCCGUUCAAAUGCGACCGGGGGCGACUCGAAGGUUGGCAUCUUCCCUUUUACGACAUUCUAUUUUGUCGGCGCUAGCUUUUGGAACAGCCUUUUCUCUCGUAUGCAUUGCACGUGCCGUGUGACAAGAUGUCCAUUCAUGAGCUGGUGCAUGACGAAAUGGAGCGCCGCUCUGGGGGCGAGGUCGCGAGCUUUCACACUUCGAGCAAAUGUACGUUGCAAAUUGCAGCUCAGGGUGACCUGCUUCUACCCCAAA